CUGUCUCUCUCCUCACAGGUCACAGUGAGACAGAUUUUGACUGGCAGCGCUACCUUCAGUCCACAGGCUCUCAUGCUGCUCCGCCAAACCUGUUCACGGAUCACCCUGCAAGCUGUGAGUUCAGGGUGGGGAUGAAGCUGGAGGCUGUUGACAGGAAGAACCCCGGACUCGUCUGCGUCGCCUCCGUUGCUGAUGUCAUCGAUGACGACUUCCUGGUUCACUUCGACAACUGGGACGACUCGUACGACUACUGGUGUGACAGCAGCAGUCCGUACAUCCAUCCUGUGGGCUGGUGUGAACAACAGGGACGCCCGCUCACUGCCCCCCAGGGUCACCCAAACCCAGAGAACUUCCUGUGGGAGGAAUACCUACAGGAAACUGGCUCCACCCCCGCCCCCCCCACAGCCUUCACACGG